CACCCACGAACACUGUCUUUAUUGAUAGAUACGAUUUUGUUGAGAGAUGUGAGGGUCCCAGAAGGAUAAGAGAGGUUAGAAAUCUGAAGCUGUAAGAGAGGUGAAGCUGUAAGAGAGAUGAGCGAUGCCUAGACAAACAACAGUUGCUGUUGUUGUGGCCACUCUGUUGGGUGUUACAGCAGGAGGCCUGUUGUUCUGGAAAGUUACCCGACGUCGGAAAGACAAAGCUUACAUCCCAUUUAAACGAGGAGGGGCUGUCGAAGAACAUGGAAAGGAAGAUCUCCCAGAAGAAAAGUUUCUUCCGCUCUUCUCCUCUACCACUGUCCCCUGGGUGGAAAAGAUUCUUGGGGGAGAAAUAGUGAUUGUUUCUGAUGCAGAGGAUUGGAAUAGGCUGGAACCCUUACUAAAGAAGGAGCUGGAGCACUGUCCAGUCCUUGGAAUCGACUGUGAAUGGGUCUCUAUCAAAGGGAAGGCCAAGCCUGUCUCUCUUCUGCAAAUGGCAACCUGUGGUGGUCUUUGUGCCCUCCUUCGCUUACCUAGGCUGACCAGUGGUGAGCAGGUUCUUCCAAAGACCUUGCUGGACAUCCUAGCAGAUGGUGGCAUCCUGAAAGUUGGGGUGGGGUGCUGGGAAGAUUCCUGCAAGUUGCUUCAUGACUACGGGGUAACAGUCAAAGGGAGUGUUGACCUCCGGUACCUGGCCAUGAGACAAAGUAAGUCCCUCCCACCAAAUGGACUCAGCCUCAAAUCUCUAGCGGAAAGGAUCCUGAACUACUCACUUGACAAAUCUCUUCACCUGAGGUGCAGCAACUGGGAGAGCGAGCAACUAACCGAAGAACAGAUCGCUUAUGCGGCCAGGGAUGCCCAGGUGUCGGUCGCUCUGUUCCUGCAUCUGCUGAGACUUCCCUUUGUCCCUCGAGUGGAAAGAAGCGAGUGUGCUCCUCUCGGUUGGGAAAAGGGCCUAAGAAAGUGUCAGGAUUUAGUGGAUGUGCCCUUCAAAGGAAGAAAGAGUAGUUGCCUUGGUGAUGAUGAGAGCCCAGAAGGAGACUUGCCGCAAAAAACAAAGAAUCAGAAGUCACCACUGUGUAAUGAGCAGUCCCCAGUCAGCCAGCCGGGGAAGGACCCUCGGAAGCACAAGCGGAAGCCCCUGGGAGUAGGAUAUUCUGCUAGGAAAUCUCCCCUGUAUGACAAUUGCUUCUUGUAUGCACCAGAUGGGCAACCUCUAUGCACUUGCGAUCGCAAGAAGGCCCAGUGGUAUCUUGACAAGGGCAUUGCAGAGUUGGUGGGUACAGACCCAUUUAUUGUGAAGCUACAGUUUGAACCUUCUGGGCGCCCUGAAUCUCAGGUGGAUUAUUAUUUAACAGUUAAAGAGAACAUGUGUGUUGUUUGUGGCAAGACAGAGUCUUAUAUUCGAAAGAACAUAGUGCCUCAUGAAUAUCGGAGACACUUCCCCAUCCAGAUGAAGGACCACAACUCUCACGAUGUGCUCCUCCUCUGCACUGCCUGUCAUGCUAUUUCCAAUUACUAUGACAACCAUCUGAAGCAGAAGUUGGCCGAGGAGUUUGGUGCCCCCAUUGGCUGUGAGGAAGGCGUCCGCCUGCUUGAAGAUCCUGUCCGCAGGCAAGUCCGUUCAGGUGCUAGGGCCCUUCUGAAUGCAGAUGGCCUGCCUGAUGCCAGGAAAGAGGAACUGUUACAGGUGGUCAAGGACUACUUUCACUCUGUGACAGUUUCUCAAGAGAUGCUGCAAGAAGCAGCUGGACUGGAAACCAGGAUUUGUAAUGAGACCUACAUGCCACAUGGUCUGAAAGUAGUACAGUGUUUUGCCAAAGGGGGUCUCUGCUCCCUCAUGCAGCUGGAGAGACGAUGGCGCCAGCACUUCUUGGACACUAUGCAGCCCAAGCACCUCCCAAAACAGUGGUCUGUUGAUCACAAUCAUGAGAAACUUAUCCGAAAGUAUGGAGAGGAUCUCCAGGUUGAAUUGUCUUGAAAGCUGGAGCUUCCAGGAGAUAUUUGUCGACUGAUGUGGUGGAUGAACUUAGAAAACAUAACUGAUGUCUCCUGUUCUCCUUCAGUCUCCCAUACUGGUUGUGCUAAAUUGGACUUGCCCCCUUCUACUAAGUUUGACCAUUCUGUCAAAGUCAGUACUGGCUACUCAGAUUGGUGGUGGGUCUCCAGGGUCCCGAGCAAAAGCCUUCCAUAUCAUCACUUGCUUGAUCCACAUAAAUGGAGAUGCUGGGAACCAAACCUGGAUCCUUCUCUACCCACUGAGCCAGCCCCUCACCGAAAUUGAUUAGGAACUUGUUAUUUGUGUUGGUUGACAAAACUGUAGCAAGGUUAAUUCUAAAAUGUCUUUUAAAUUUUUAAUUACAAUUUGAAUGGGCUUAGUUGGAUGGGAUCGCCAAGAGUCGGACACGACUGAAUGGCUAACUGCAACACUAGUUGGAUACUCUGCUUCUUGUUCUACGAAGACUUGGGCUGGUGAAUUCUGGUUGAUUAACUACCAGUGUACCAUGAAGGCCACUGGUGGCAGGGGAAAAUAUUGUUGCCAAGUAACAGAUAUGCCCCUUCUGACCCCAAGCACCACAGGGUGCUGAAGCAUGAUGUCUUAGCUCUAGUACUUUGGUAUCAGGCAAAAACCUUGUGCAGCAUGUCUCACAGGAGGAGACCUAGCAGGAUGCCGUGGUGCUAUGGGACAUGUUGGAUUUGUGCCUAGUGCUUUGACUUCCCCUUCAAGAACCUGGCACACUCUUCUCAGCCAGGGUCACACACUUAACCAGUGGCAACCAGGAACAAAAGAAGGAACUGUUAAUGUAUUUUCAGUGCUUUUUUGUGUUAAAGAAGUGCCACUAUUCAUGUAUAAUGUUAUGCUGAUUUCUACCAGUUCUCCUCUCAGGACGUGGGAGUGCCCCACAAAAGGUGCUGGUACUCAGUACAGGUGAGUACUGCCACAGACGAAGGUCCCGGGGGGUAUUCAGAAACCACAAAGCCAGUUUUCCAGGUCACUCCUUAUUUGAAAUGGUUAGGUAAAAGAAUGUGAAUGUUUGUUACUUUCUGUCAACUGCUCUCAUUACUGAGGAAAGUAAGUAGCAAAUAGCAGCUGUAAACAGCCUUAACUCCAUUUCAUAACCGCCCUUUCUCCCCAAAAGCCUGAGGGUAUCUUGAGUUGCUGGGCACUUUCCCAUCGUCCUUUGCAAGGCAGGAAAUAGACUGCAACCUUCCUUCUCUUCUCUAGGUGGUGCCCUCAUCCUUCAGUUCUUUUCUUGCCUUGGUAGAGACAGCAAAGAUAUUAAAAUGCACUUAUGUAAAUUCUUUUCUGGGGCUCUCUGUUUGCAGUGUUAAUUCUCCCCCUCCCCCUUUAUCUUAAUAUUUAUGCCUUCAUACGUCUUCACACUUUCUUUUCUAAAGCAUGAAUUUUUGUCAGUCACUAGGCCUUUUCCAUUUAUUUUUCCUUCCCUACUCAGAGGGCUCAGAGCAUUUGAACUUUUUUUCAGCAAACCAGAAGGAAACUUUCAGUGAGAGAAUUAUCUUUUCUUGAAAAAAAGAAAAAGAAAUAUAUAUCUUCAUGAGGCAAGAAAUUAAGUGCACACUUAUGUCAGAUUAACACUUUAAAUACUGAAAAACCAUAUGCAAAAAAAAUUAUAUCUCCUAACAUAUCUCAAAUGUAACUGAAUACAUGAAGUUCAAAACAAAUCAGGUUUCAAUUAAUUGUCUCAGAAUGAAUUAGAAAGUUUUGGAAGCCCAACAUACACACACAGAAAUCUCACUUAGAUCCUUUAACUGUCCUACAGAAACCCAAUUUGACUUGUGUAGGAUGCUUUUUGUCAGAAUCAUGACAGUUUCCAAUUUUUAUGUCUCUUUCUAACUUUAAUAUGUGAUUGUCUUCUAGGUAAUAUGAUUGGUCCUUUAUACUGUAGUGAAGUCAUCUUGCAAGCGCAUCUUGAUACUUGCUUGUUAUCUACUUU